ACGUGUUGAGGAUUGGACACGGUUUGUGCAACGCUUCACCAACAAAGUGAACAUCUGCAGCAMGGGCCGUUUUCAGAAACAACGUCCUUUUACGUGAUUGAAGCAUGACAGAGGUGAUGAACACACGGGAACCUGUGAUGGAGGAGUUUGCAUUAARCCAGUCUCCUGAGGAAGAAGGAGGACCUUCCACCCAGGCCUUCCCAGACUCACGUGAGAAAUACCCCAAGCUGACCAAGAGGCUGCCGUCGAUCGUGGUGGAGCCCACCGAGUCGGGCGAGGUGGAAAGCGGCGAGCUGCGCUGGCCACCCGACGACCUCAAAUCGGCCGAGGAGAAGGGUCUCCUUGGUGACCAAAGAGUCUGCGUCCAGCAGCAGCAGAUGGAUCUGGAAGAUACUUUAGCACAUCCAGCUCAAGAAGUGGAAGAUGAUACAGAUACUCUGGAAAGCAGAACUGAAAAGGAUGAGUAGGAACUCCGUGGCCUCAGAAGUGAAACUUCAUUGUGAAUGUUGUUGAAAAGCUAACACAUUCUGAAGAAAUGUCAAAGUAAUCUGUAUUUACAUCUGCAAGGGUUUUAUUUAGUUAGUACCUGGUAAGAAGUGUAUAGGCUUUAGAACUGUUCUUUUGAACAUUUUGAUUUUCAGGCUGGGAUUCAUAUUAUUUGUUUAAUUUUUCCUUGGGAAACAAUGGGACAUUAGGAAAUGCCUCGCAGACAUGAUGAGAUUAUAAAGGAAAAAUGAGCCUAAUUUCAAUAAGUACAUUUCAUUGGAUUUACCUUUUUUAAGCAAGGUUGCUUUCAGAUAUCAACAGCAGGACAAAGGGGUUACAUUUCUACAGAAGGGAUGUCUUAAAUCUAAAACCUUUCUUGUUUUUAGCCAUUUAAAACUAGCACUGUGAUAUUACGGACAAUAGAUGUAAUAUAAUGUCACCAUUUGAUUUUGUAACUUUUGUAUAGAGAUGCAAGUGUAAGAUUUGCCUACAUUGCUACAUGCAGGAACCUUCCAGGUGUGGAUUAGAGCAGUGGUCUCCCUUUGACUAACCUGUGCAAAUUCAGAUGAACCAGCCUUUUAUUAACUGUCUUUUCAAUAAGGUUCAGAAGUUUUAGAAAUACUUUCUUGCUGUACAUUGAUGAACUGGAAUAGCUAGUCGCUGGUGUUCGUGGAGUGAGACUGUUUGUUGUAGACUUGGUUGGGUGGAUCGUGCUGUUUGUGCUCACUUCGUGGCCCGGAUCCAGCCGUGGCGUAACGCGCUCCUCUCUCCACUGAAGCCGGCAGGAACGGCUCCUGCUCCCGCCAGGGCUGAAUUUGUCCCACCUUGUUAGUAGAAGUUGUUGUGAGUCUUCUUUCAGUAUGUUUUGUGCAUAGAACAAGUGCAGAGGCCCAGUUGUUCUUCCAUUGACCUACCCAAAGUGGUGGCUGGCGAGGGUGAAAGGAGCUCAGCGGCACAGCCCAAGUGAUGCCAGUUCUGCCCUAGGCCAUCUGCAGAAGGAAGGGCUGGAAGCAGGCUGGGGAGGGUGGAUGUGCCCGGCAUCCAUCCUGCCCUUGGCACCGACUGCUCGCGCGCCCGGGGCUUGGAGCUCCCGCAGCCACAGCACGUCCUGGUCACCUUUGGCACGCAGCUCCRAUAAAGCCACCUCCUGGAAAGCAGAGCUUAAGUUGGGACAGGCCGUCCCUGGACACACUGGACUUCCGUUGGAUUCUCCUUGUCUGCUAUGUUCAGGGAUGCAUUCAGGGUCCUUUUCCACAGCGGUGAGCCCUUUACAGCUGGACUUGAUAUCUUGAAGGUCUUUUCCAACCAUAAUGAUUCUACUGCACAGGGACCUUGCAGAGACUCCCACUGGGCACCAUCCCCGGAGAAGCAAUGAUCUUGGGCCAAAAUAUUACCCUUUAGACAGUGCUGAUGGAGAUACUGCCUGUAUYGGAAGGGUUUGACUGUUUCAGUGGAAAAUGUCCAGAAAGCUACAUAACUGGCAUUUUCUGCAUCUCCGGGGCUGGAUGGGCUCUGUACUUCCAAUUAAUGUUGCAGCCAGAAAAAAAAAAAGCUGCUUGCUAUAGAUGGAAUGAAAUAAUAGGAUUUCUUCCAGCAUUAAUUCCUAAGCUUACUUUCAAGUGUGUUCUCUUCUCCAGUAAUAAUUUUCUUUAAAGGAAACUUUUAAUUGUGUGAUGAUGGAUAAAAUUUACUGGCCAGAUGUAUUAAUUAAUAAGAUAAGUUUAUACCUUCUUAGCAACCAAAUUUAAUAUAUUUACUUACAAAAAAUUCUGUGCAAUGAAUGUUUAAUACAAAGGAAGAAGACUAUUUUACUUCAAAGCAACAUUAAUUUAUGUACAAAAUUAUAGCUCAUUGUUUGGGGUGUUUGGGAUCAAGGACCCUUUUUAUAAUAGAACAAUAUAACAUGAUACUUAAACUUUGUUCUCUCAAACUAYCUAAAAACAUGUUUUGCCUUUUUGACAUAGAUGUUCUUUCCUACUCCAUCACAGACUUGYUUGGUUGGAUGAAUGAGAUUCUGGCCAAAGAACCUAAUUUCACCAGAGAACCUAACUUUCACCAGAAGGUUUCAAGAGCACCUUCUAAAUCUGGUUGCUGUUCCUGUCACCCCCUUUGUCGGUGACAGUUUUCCCAUAAGCUGUGGAAAUGAGACCAAACUCGAGAUAAGGGUUGAGGCUGGCAAACUUGCUGCCAAGGGAGGAAUCGAACAGGAGAGGCAGCCAGGUGGGUGCGAGGUGCUCUAUAAACCCUGCUUUUGCAUUGAUGGUCAAGAAGUUUUAUAAAGCUCUGGAAAAAAAMCCAAUAACGAUGACAACAUAUCUCUAGGUGUGUGAUUUCCUUUAAUUUGCAUCUGCCCAGCUCCGCAAGGAGUGACGUUAGACGUAUCACUUAAUUAGCUUUUCACUUUAUAAAAGGAAGAAGGGUUAUUUGAAACACUUCCCCCAAUUUUUUUAAGCUGUCUGCUUUGAGACACUCCCUCCCUUCCUGCUCUGGAUGGCCCUUAUCCUAUUUCCCCCUGAGGUCAAUGGCACUUCCCUGCGCGUGUUUCCUGAAGGAACACACAAAAUCCUACGAAAACGCCGCUCGCCACCACGUUUCCCAUUGCGGCGCGUGCAGCUGCAGCCCGUGCACAAAUUCCAGGCUUCACUUUUCCAGCCUCGCUACUCAUCUCUUCCCUGCUUCCUCCUUCGCAUCGCUCACUUUAACCGAAGCAACUGGAUGCUUCAAACUAGAGCUUCUACAAAAGCUGAGUGGCCUCCCUUGAAGAGCCUCACAAAGCCAAGCUCCUCCUCCCAUU